CCUCGGCCAUCACUGGCCAUCCCGCCCAAUCCACACCUUGUUGCGUACCGCCUCGCCUCGCCUCGCCCGGCGUGCUAUUUUUUUCUCUUUUUUACUUUCCCGUCUUUCCUUGUAUAUCUAGGUCGAUCUUCCAGCCUUUGAGUCACCUUUUUGAUUUUGUGACUCAACAGGCCUUCCGAAAUUCAGUUAUAAACUUUUGGUGCCAACCAACGUUUGGAUACGCACUCUGCAAAGAACAAACUCGCCUACACAGCAUACCGUACAUGAUCAUAUAAAAUGUGCCCUACUUCUGACGUACCGGCCUCCAAUGGCCACGCAAACGGCUCCAAUGGCGCUGCCAAUGGAGACAAGGCUAAUCACCCAGGUUACACUGCUAUUCCCACCAAGCAGAAGCACAGCAACCCCUACCAGCCGGUUGGCGAUUUCCUGAGCAAUGUCGACCGAUACAAGAUCAUUGAGUCGACUCUGAGAGAGGGCGAGCAGUUUGCCAACGCCUUCUUCGACACCGAGACCAAGAUUAAGAUCGCCAAGGCCCUCGACGACUUCGGUGUUGACUACAUCGAGCUCACCUCACCUGCUGCCUCUGAGCAGUCCCGUAGGGACUGUGAGGCCAUCUGCAAGCUCGGUCUCAAGGCCAAGAUUCUCACGCACGUCCGCUGCCACAUGGAUGAUGCACGCCUUGCUGUUGAGACCGGUGUUGACGGCGUCGAUGUCGUUAUUGGCACCUCCUCCUACCUCCGUGAACACUCCCACGGCAAGGACAUGACAUACAUCAUCAACACCGCCAUUGAGGUCAUCAAGUUCGUCAAGUCCAAGGGUCUCGAGAUCCGCUUUUCAUCCGAAGACUCCUUCCGUUCCGACCUCGUCGAUCUGCUUUCCGUUUACAGCGCCGUCGACAAGGUUGGUGUGCAUAGAGUCGGUAUUGCCGACACCGUCGGCUGCGCCAGCCCCAGACAGGUCUACGACCUUGUCCGCACCCUGAGAGGCGUCGUCAGCUGCGACAUCGAGACUCAUUUCCACAACGAUACCGGAUGCGCCAUUGCCAACGCCUACUGCGCUCUCGAGGCCGGUGCUACCCAUAUCGACACCUCUGUCAUUGGCAUUGGUGAGCGUAACGGUAUCACCCCCCUUGGAGGUCUCAUGGCUCGUAUGAUCGUCGCCGCCCCUGAGUACACCAAGUCGAAGUACAAGUUGCACAAGCUCAAGGAGUUGGAAGACCUCGUUGCCGAGGCUGUUGAGAUCAACAUUCCCUUCAACAACUACAUCACUGGUUUCUGCGCCUUCACUCACAAGGCCGGUAUCCACGCCAAGGCCAUCCUUAACAACCCUAGCACAUAUGAGAUCAUCAACCCUGCCGACUUCGGCAUGAGCAGAUACGUCCACUUCGCCUCAAGGUUGACGGGAUGGAACGCUAUCAAGAGCCGUGUUGAGCAGCUUGGCUUGACCAUGACCGACGCUCAGAUCAAAGUCGUCACUCAGAAGAUCAAGGCCCUAGCAGACGUCAGGCCGAUUGCCAUCGACGAUGCAGACUCGAUUAUUCGUACCUUCCACUUGAAUAUCACGGAGGGUGAAGAGAAGCCGCUGCUGCCGAACAUGACUGCCGAGGAGCAGGCCAAAUUUGAGAAGGCGGAGAGGGAACUUGCUAGCGAGCCAGAGAAGCGUGCUUUGGACCAAGCCGCUGAGGAGCCCGCUGCUAAGAAGGUCAAGGCGUAAAUAAUGUUUUCAGGAUGCGUAUUGGGACACCAAAAAAAUCGGGGCAGCUGCUUGUACAACCAUAGAGCGAAGAGCUACAAAAGUGUUUAGUACAGAUAUCUCAUCAACGAAGAAACGUUCAAACUUGAUUUGACGUUAGUUAUUUAUAUAUGUCCUCCAGG